CGGAUCUCAUUAUUGAAUCGUUAUUUUCGGGUUAGAUAUUGGAUGCAGGAUUAGUCUCCUCAAAUGCAUGCAUGCCAUCCUCAACUUGUUUUUAAACGUCUUCAAGGUGUGAGACACUUGUCGUGUCUGUGGCCAUAACAUGAUAAAGUGUGAGAAGGCAGGGAAACCCGGUUGUGAACAAAGACUAGGAGAGUGUGGAAAAAUGCAGGCUGUGAAGGACAAGCUGCAAGACAUGAACGCUAUGCGCAAGGCCAAGGCCGCAGCAAAUGAAGAAGAGAAGGCUGAACAAGAUUUAGCAAAAGCCAGAAUGGAGGUUGCACGCGAGGUAAGACUGAUGGAGUUGCAUGUAGCCAGGGCUGGGGAGAAGGCGGAAAGGGAGGUAUCCAAGCAUGCCACCAAGAAUCCAAAUGCCGGCUGCAGUGUCGACUCGACGGACAAGGGUGCUAUGGCAAUUUGAAAUAGUCGCCCUAUUGAUGGAGCUUGCGAGCCCCCUCAUACUAGUGGAUAAAGAUAUAUAUAUAUAUAUACACAAAAAUAGCUCAUAUUUUGUACCAUCCAAACAUCACCCGAUUAAUUAUCAAUUAAGUUGUAUUAAACAACUUUAGACACCUGUGAAAGGUGAAUGUAAUUUAUUCUUGACUCUUUA